AUGAUUGCCAUCGGCCUUGAAGGCUCUGCCAACAAGCUGGGGGUUGGCGUGAUCCUACAGCCCUCCAAAGGCGGCCCAGCGCAAAUCUUGUCCAAUAUCAGAGACACCUAUGUCUCGCCUCCGGGAGAAGGGUUUCUUCCCAAGGACACGGCCAAGCAUCAUCGUGCUCAUGUCGCACGCCUAGUCAAGCAAGCACUGACCCAAGCUGGCGUGAGGAUCCAGGAUGUUGACUGUAUUUGCUACACCAAAGGACCUGGAAUGGGGGCUCCAUUACAAAGUGUGGCUGUGGCGGCGAGAACAUUGAGCAUCUUGUGGAACAAGCCUCUGGUCGGCGUCAAUCACUGCGUUGGCCACAUUGAGAUGGGGCGAGAGAUUACCGGAGCAGCUAACCCUGUUGUUUUAUAUGUUUCAGGCGGCAAUACGCAAGUCAUCGCUUACAGUACCCAGCGGUAUCGCAUAUUUGGGGAGGCUCUGGAUAUUGCGGUUGGGAACUGCCUUGACAGAUUCGCGCGGACACUGAACAUCUCGAAUGACCCUGCUCCCGGCUACAACAUUGAGCAGCUGGCGAAGAAAGGAAGAGUGUUGGUGGACCUUCCGUACGCGGUCAAGGGAAUGGAUUGUUCAUUUAGCGGAAUUCUUGCCCAGGUCGACGAACUUGCUGGCCAGAUGAAAGCGGGCACCCUAAAAGAUCCCAGCACCGGUGACGCAGUCACUCCCGAGGAUCUCUGCUUCUCUCUACAGGAGACUGUUUUUGCCAUGCUUGUGGAGAUCACCGAGAGAGCCAUGGCUCAUGUUGGCUCUAAGCAGGUGCUUAUUGUCGGCGGCGUAGGUUGCAAUGAGAGACUACAGGAUAUGAUGGGGACCAUGGCAAGGGACAGAGGUGGUAGCGUCUACGCUACCGACGAAAGAUUCUGCAUUGACAAUGGUAUCAUGAUCGCUCACGCCGGUCUCCUCGCUUAUCGAACCGGCUUCGAAACUCCUCUAGAGGAGAGCACCUGCACACAAAGAUUUCGAACAGACGAUGUCCAUGUCGCGUGGAGAGAAGACUGA